GUACAACUCAGGCAUCAAGCCCCCGACAAAAACGGCGAGGUCAUAUUAGCCUUAUUACCUGCAAUAUAGGCCUUCCUAUUGGUUAGAAGGGACGAACUGAGGAUAAACAACUAGACAAGCGUUCCAAACCAGAAUGCUCUCUACAGGCACCCAGUUCUUAGUGAUUAGCCAAGUUUGUACAGCGGCGAUAUUGUACCAAGUCAUCAACUUGUACCAAAACUGGAAGGACACGAGUGCCUAGCAGGCUGCUUUCAGGGGCGACACAUCUAACUGGGCCUCAAGUUGACUUAAAUAUUCUUAAAACUAUUAUCUUUCGGCGAAGAACUGAGGCGGUUUAUCAACAAGACAGGCUUUCCAAACUACCAGAAUGCUCUCUAUUGGCACCAAGUUCUUGGUUGUGAGCCAGGUUUUUACAGUGGUGACAUUGUACCAAGUCAUCAACUUGUUCCAUAACUGGAAGGACACGAGUGGCUGGCAAGCUGCAUUCAGGGGGCUAGUGGUAUUCUUCACGGGUGCCGGAGGCCUUGUCACCUAUGACAUAUACAGGAAACGACCCGCUAAAAGCCACACGUUGAGGACGGUGUUACUACAGUACACUCUUACACAAAUGUUCCGAGUGUUUGGGUAUUUUUCUCUCAGGAAUUUUGAGACAGCAAGCAAGAACAUCAGCAAGAUGCAAGAAGAUGCAUUAAUGUUUUACAUUCGCACGCUGGAAAAUACGGAGUUUGGCAAGAAACACAAUUAUUCUCAGAUGCGGACGAGGGAAGAUUUUUUGAAACUGCACCCAGUUCUGUCUUACGCCGACCUUAAACCUUACAUUGACAAAACUGUAGCGGGCGAAAAAAACCAAAUCACUCCAUUUGACCCGUUUUACAUCGCCUUCACUUCAGGGACCACCGGUAAAAACAAAGCGUUCGUAUAUACAAAGGAGAUGUUUGCCAAACCAUCAAAGUUGUUUAAAAACCUUCUCUUUAGUACUUUAAGCUUUAAGAGAGCUGGGCUAUGGGAUGACCUGAAACGCUAUCACGAGGUCAGAAUAGGAGUCAAGACAAAUUUUACUGACAGUGGCAUAAGAACUGGACCUAUAGCUGGGAUGUAUGAAUUCUUUCCAAGUUAUUUGAUUUCACCACGUGUCGUGUAUGACGUCACUACCGAAAAUGAGGCCCAUUAUUUACAUGUUCUCUUUGCCCUAAAAGAUCCUGAUAUUGGGGCUUUCAACUUUUCUUUCCCGUCUGUUGCUACCCGGUUUUGUCAAACUUUGGAACACCAGUGGCCACAGCUAUGUGACGACAUAGAACACGGUACCCUGAACACCGAAUUGGACAUACCAGACGACAUCAGGGAAAAGUUGCAGACUGAUAUGAGGGCCGAUCCCCAAAGAGCUGUUGAAGUUAGACAGAUCAUAAGGCAGGGCUUUGACGGAAUUGUGCGCCGUUUAUGGCCGGAAUGCAACGCAGCUAUAUUGUUGAGCUCGGGUUCUCUUCUGCCUGAGGCUGAAGGAUUGAAGAAGCAUUAUCUGAAAGACGUUAAGUUUUGUAAUCCCCUCCAUGCCGCCACAGAGGGUUUUUUCGGAUUUAGUGACCCUGACGACAACAGCCAAACGCGGUUCAUUAUGACGACUUCCUUAAAUCACUUUGACUUCAUCCCUGUGGAGGAAACAGAUAAACCAUCUCCCCGUGUGGUACCCAUUGAGGAGGUACAAAUAGGACAGUGUUAUGAACUGGUUAUAACAACCGCGGUUGCCGUGCGUUACAGACAAGGUGACGUGGUGAAGAUAGUAGAUUUUCACAACCAGGUUCCAGUAUAUGAGUUCCAAUAUAGACUGGGGCAGAUGUUGAAUCUUUACUGGGAAAAGAUGACCGAGGGGGCCUUUGUCCACGCACUCCGAGGAGCAGCCAAGCGCAUCGAUGUUGACAUUGUUGAAUAUACUGCAACGGAGAACGUCAACUUUGAAGCUAUCGCUGAGCCUCUACAAAAUGGACGACACUAUGUUUUGUUUAUGGAGUUGUCAGAAAACUCGAACAAGAAACAAGCGAGGAUGAGUUCACAACAGAAGCAGAUGUUUGAAGACGUUUUGUACCAAGAACACGAAGUUUACAGGAUGUUGAGAGAUAAUGGAAGUAUUCUCCCCAUGAAAGUUAUCCAAGUGAAGACCGGGGCGUUCAAUGCCUUGAAGGACGCCAUAGUGGAAAGCAACCCUCGUACAAGUCGAUUACAGUACAAGACACCGCGCGUGCUGAGGGCACCUGAUCGUCUGCUCAUUCUGUGGGACUCCCGCCUGUAGUGAUUGUUGGGAUACAACCUCUAGUUUAGUUUUCUACGUACUGACCGAGAAGACUGCCAACUGGUUUAUUGAUUUAUUAACUGCUUAUGCCAUGUUAUUGCAGCUUUUGUUUAUAUAGAUAGAUAGAUAGAUAGAUUGAUUCAAGAAAAUAUUCACAAAAAACGGAUGCAUCACGAUAUUGGCCAUUAAUAUAACACGACAGAUUUAAUUUUCAAAAAGUUAAACUACUUUUAAAUAUAAUUGAAACACAGUCAACCCCUAUGACACGAACACACGUCGGGUUUUAUCGCCAGUUAGCUAGCAAUAACCUUCAAAUUGAUACAUGUUGAUCUUUGUUUGCCAAAAUCUUCUUUUCAACUCGUUCGCGUCAGCGUUCUGGAUUUGUCCACUGAAAAAUGCAAAUGUAGUA